GAUGCAGACAUCUCUGGGCCUUGUUGUCUAAACUGUCCACGAGUUUACAGAAAAACAAAUUUAUAUUAUAGUAGAAACAUGGCCACGCAACCGGAGACGGUGUUAAAAAGGACGGCCUGCGUCGUCGGAGGCAGCGGUUUCGUCGCCUCUCUUCUUGUUAAAUUAUUGCUUGAGAAGGGCUAUUCUGUCAACACCACUGUCAGGGACCCUGAUAACCUGAAGAAGGUCUCUCACCUCCUGGAGCUCCAAAGUUUGGGAGAAUUAAAACUCUUUCGAGCAGAUCUAACUGAUGAAGGGAGCUUCGAUGCCGCUGUCUCCGGAUGCGACGUUGUCUUCCACGUUGCUACUCCAGUCCACUUUGCUUCUCCGGAUCCUGAGAAUGACAUGAUCAAGCCAGCAAUUCAAGGGGUGCUAAACGUUUUAACAGCAUGCAAGAAAUCAAAGUCCGUGAAACGAGUGAUUUUGACAUCGUCGGCAGCCGCUAUUUCCAUUAAUAAGCAGACUGGAACAGGUCUCGUAAUGGACGAGAGUUGCUGGAGUGAUACCGAGUUCCUGACGUCAGAGAAGCCACCGACUUGGGGUUAUCCAGUGUCAAAGACACUAGCUGAAAAAGAAGCAUGGAAAUUCGCCCAAGAAAACCAGAUUGAUCUCGUUACCAUCAUCCCUUCUCUCAUGGCUGGUCCAUCUCUUACCCUGGACGUACCCAGCAGUGCUUGUCUUGCCAUGUCCUUGCUCACAGGGAACGAGUUCCUGAUCAACGGUAUGAAAGGCAUGCAAAUGCUAUCAGGUUCAAUAUCGAUGGCACACGUGGAAGAUGUUUGUCGGGCCCACAUAUUCUUAGCUGAGAAUGAAAUGGCUUCUGGUCGAUACAUAUGUUGCCCCAUCAACACAAGUGUUACUCAGCUUGCCAAGUUCCUGAGCGAAAGAUAUCCCCAAUACAAAGUACCUACUGACUUUGGAGAUUUCCCUACAAAAGCCAAGCUGAUCCUUUCUUCCGAGAAGCUCAUUAAAGAAGGCUUCAGCUUCAAGUAUGGAAUUGAAGAAAUUUACGAUCAAUGCGUUGACUACUUCAAGACUAAAGGACUACUUCAGAACUAAACUAAGAGAGGAAAUUGCGUUAUUUUCUUUUGCCCAAGAGUGCAAAGGGCUGGUUCAUUAGUGCUGUAUGAAAUUAUGAAUAUGGCUCAGCCUGAGAUGUAAGCACUCAUCGUAUCUAUGUUAUAAAUAACAUCCCCGCUAUUCUAUUCUCUAGGACGUCUUUUUCCUUCCGUCCAAGUAUUGGACUAAGUAUGUUGUGAUCAGGGCGAGGAAAGAUUAAUUUUAUGCAAAUGGGUUUAUUGUAACUUUUGCUUUA